AAACGGAUUUGCUAAGUUCUAUAUCGGUUCCUAUAUCCUGAAUCUCAAAAACUAGUUAAAAACUUGGAAUAUGAUAUUAUUUAAUUUUAUUUAAUUAAUCGGUAUUUUAAAUAGAAAAUUAAAGUAAACAAGUCGAGAAAGCGAUGGUUGAAUCAAAAUAAUUUUUUUUUUAAGUUAUAUUUCUGUCAGAGGACAAUAUGAAUAUUCCAUCAUAUUCACUUAACACACUAAAGGGGUUAUAUGAUAUAUCUGGUGUGGAAGUAGGCCAACAUUUCUAUUGGCAAAUAGGAGGUUUCCAAAUUCAUGGUCAAGUACUUAUAACUUCUUGGGUUGUAAUUGCUAUCUUAUUAGGUUCAGCUGCUAUAGCUGUUCGGAGUCCACAAACUAUUCCGACUGGCGGUCAAAAUUUCUUUGAAUAUGUCCUUGAAUUCAUUCGAGACGUGAGCAAAACUCAAAUUGGAGAAGAGUAUCGUCCUUGGGUUCCCUUUAUUGGGACUAUGUUUCUAUUUAUUUUUGUUUCGAAUUGGUCAGGGGCUCUUUUGCCUUGGAAAAUCAUACAAUUACCUCAUGGGGAGUUAGCCGCACCCACCAAUGAUAUAAAUACGACUGUUGCUUUAGCUUUACUCACGUCAGUAGCCUAUUUCUAUGCGGGUCUUACAAAAAGAGGAUUAAGUUAUUUUGGUAAAUACAUUCAACCAACCCCAAUUCUUUUACCCAUUAACAUCUUAGAAGAUUUCACAAAACCUCUAUCACUUAGUUUUCGACUUUUCGGAAAUAUAUUAGCGGAUGAAUUAGUAGUUGUUGUUCUUGUUUCUUUAGUACCUUUAGUGGUUCCUAUACCUGUGAUGUUUCUUGGAUUAUUUACAAGUGGUAUUCAGGCUCUUAUUUUUGCAACUUUAGCUGCAGCUUAUAUAGGCGAAUCCAUGGAGGGUCAUCAUUGAUUAGUGUUAGGAAGAGUCUAUCGUUUAGUUUAGAUCCAGGUAAUAUAUCUAUGUAUCAAGAUAUUCUAUCAAGAUAAUCUAUGUUAUCUAGAACAUAUAAAUGUCAAAAUUCAUACAGUCUAACCGGAAUAGAAAAAAAAAGAUUCGAGCGAGAAGUGUAAAAUAAAAAAGAAAAGAAGGCGUUGGUUAGUAGAGAGGGGGUGCCGCAGGUAUGUGGAAUCUAAUGACUAUUUAAGUUAAUUCUUGCAGAUUAGAUGGUUCGAAGAAUGAUUAGAAAAUCCGAUUGAAUUAAAAAUAGAAUCGCCGGUUUACGUUAUUGAAGAAACAUAUGUAUAUUUUAUAUUAGAGAUUGGCAAGUUAUAUAUGAAUGAAUAUUUCAUUUGCCCUACUUAAAUUUCUUAAAUUUCGGAUACCAAACUGAAGUCCUUCCGUUUUGUUUAGGACUGCGAAUUGAAUGAAUAAACAGAUCAAAUAACGAAAAAGAUCGAAGAAUGAUUAAUGAUUAGAAAAAAUAAAUGGAAAACUCGGGUUGUAUUAAUUCAGAAAGACUCAACAAAUAGGAACUAAAAAAAGAUUAAGUCUUUCUAAUGAUCGAAUGAUUCAAUAAUAUUAUUAUUUAUUAUUUCAAUUUGGCGUUUUUAUUUUAGUUAUUUCGACUGGAUGAAUAUUACUAACGGAAUAAUUAA